AUGAUUAUUCCCAUCCGCUGCUUCUCCUGCGGCAAGGUGACUGGCGAUCUCUGGGAGCGCUACCUGGCACUGAUUGACCAGAACGUCCCUGAUGGAGACGCCAUGGACCAGCUCGGCUGCAAGCGGUACUGCUGCCGUCGCAUGAUCAUGACACACGUCGACCUGAUCGAGAAGCUGCUCAAGUACACUCCCGACGGCCGCGAGGUCAAGAAGAGCAGCCUGGCUCAUGACCACCCCCAAUAA